AUGGCUUUCCUUGAGGCGAGAGAUACCAUUCAAAGGCAAAAAGAGGAGAUUAAGUACUUAAAAGAUGUUAAAGCACAAACUCAUGAGAAUGAGAGAGGAUUUGAAAAAUCGAGCUCAAUUUUAGAAGAGCUGAAGCUAAGAUAUGAAGAAUGUGAGUCUCUAAAGCGUGAAGUGUUGAUACUCAGCGAGAGGAGCAAAGUUACGCCUACACCUCUUGGAAUUGGUACACUGUUGGUUAUCUUCAAUGGUUGUCCACGUUUGGCCUUCUUCUUCACAUGGGGCACUGAUGAGGUAGCAUGUCCAGGUGCAUUAGAUGUUGCAGGAUAUGUGGAAGUUGAUUCAGCAUCUGGUACAGGUUGA